CAAUGGUACCCCUUUAAAGCGGAAAUGAAUCAGUCGAAUAUCCUGUUUCUGUUUGCAUGUAUAUUAUAAUAUAUAUGUAGGUGACGCUAUUGUAAACAGAAACCGUCGAUUAAAAUGUCUUUUUACAACAUAUCGAGAAUAAUAUCUGGCAUAUUCCUGGCCUUGCAGCUAGGAUUGGCAGACGCAGGAUGGAGGUGUAAUUACGUUACCCGUAGCGGAGUUUACAUGAAGUUGUAUUGUCCGUACAGCGAGUGUUGCGGAAGCUACUACUACUACAAGUAUUGCUGUAACGUAAGUCCCGUCGGUACGAUAGUUGGGGGUGUGGUCGGGUUUGUUGUGUUCGUCGCCAUCAUCGCGUCCAUCGUCUCCUGCUGCAUGUGCGCUUGUUGUCCUGUCUAUCGGUACCGGACACAGAGAUCAAACGGGCUGAUAAUCACGACUGGAGCAAACUCUUCUGCGCCAACUAAUUACAACACGAUUUCAGGACAGACCCAUACCGCCCAACCAGCUGGGGGUCACAUGGUCCAGCCAAACCAACCACCCCCGUAUCAUAAAUAGGCACCUUUUUUCCGGGCGCCGCCGGUAUACAAGGUUAUGGCGAUUAAUAAAUUGCCUGUCUCGUAUAUCAUUGAAUGUCAUAUGUUUCGCCCUGUAUUGAAAAAUCCCUACUAUAAUUAAAACUUUGUUUGAAAAUAAAUAGAGGAUAUUUGUUUAUUUCAGUGUAAGAUCGUAUUUUAUUUCACGAGUGUCAUAUAAAAACAUAUUUUCACGAGUGGGGCGCCCCUCAUGCAUAAUUAUAGCUGUCAACUUUUCUACUUUCGGUUUGCUGAGAAAUAGUUCUCUGCUAUUCAUUCUUAUUGCUUAAUAUUCGCUCGUUUUUUUAUUGCAAAGCUUUAUGAAUAGUAAACAUGAAGUAUUAUUAGUGCACUAAUGUUCCAAAAACUAAUGAAAACACUUUUUAUCUUAACCAAAUUACUACGCCGCUAUUUAUAGAAUGAAAAUUUGGAAGGUCAAAUGUGUUAGCAAAACAAAUGUGGAUACUCAUUGGAUUUUAACCAUUCUUCUUAGUUUAAGACUGCAUAUACGCGUGUUUUAAAGUAAGUUAAUAUUCAGUCAUCUUACUGUCAGAGACCAGUCUGUUUCGCUUUAAAAUGUUUGUUUUCCGGAAGAGUAAAUGCCACGCUAGUUUGUUGACACAUUUUGAGAUGUGGAUGGGGUAAAAAAUAUCGGAUCUAUCUGUAAAUUGUUGUGUGAAUUCUCCAGGAUGCUCAUUUUACGUACUACAACGGUUAACAGUUCAAAAUACAUUUGAACGAUGCUAUAAAAUUUUAUUUAUGUUCGAACAGUUGUUUUUGUCUGUAAUUUGUUUGGAAUGAAAGCAAAUGUUCGAACAUUCAGCUUCAAAGAUCAGUAUUUAAUGUUUGAUAAACGGGAUAACCGGUGAUAAACGGUAAGUUGUUAAUUUCCAAUUAUAUAUUUAUUUAAAUUUAUAAAAUAUUUCUUUAUUUUUUUAAACAUUUUUUGACAUAAUUUACUGAAGUCCAGUGUUCUGUUUUGACCAAGGCAAGUACAUGUAACAACAAAGGAUUUUAAAAGUAGUUCUGAUUUUUUUCACUGUUGUUAUUUCACUGUUAAAACCCCAUAUUUCAUCGUAAAGCAUGAAAGAAACAUGUAUCAAGAUAUUCAUUGACAAUUCAUGCAAUGUCAGCUGCGAGGGAUUAAAAUACAUAUUUCUUUCAAUUUGUUUUUAUUUUAAGUAUUGAAUAAAAAAGAUCACUUAGACAUUUGUUCUUCAUAGUUCACAUACUGUAGUAGCAUAAACACAUGAUAUGAUAAAGCAAAUUAAGGUUUCAAAAUGUUCUUUCAUUAACCGGCAUUUUUUAUUCUUUUUUUUUUGUCUAAAACAUUAUAUUUGUACCUGUCAUUUGUAUACAAUCUCCGAAAUGGCGAUUUAUUUCAAAACCAAUUCCAAAUAAUACCGUUUACUUAUUUUAAAACGUGCUGACCUAGAUUACGUCAGAGCUCGCGAAUCAAGGUACUAGAAUCAAGAUGGCGGCCUAGUUUCAGUGUCUGUACUCUGUUGACAUUAUUUACGUGAACUUUUGACCGUUUGUUCUUAAAUACUUGUGGAAAUAUGGAUAAAUAAAUGGCAUGUCUGAAAAAAAAUUUUUUUUUAUUUCAUUGUUUUGCUCAACUUUAUUAUUUUUUAUUUUAUUCCUUAAAUCCGCGAAUCAUGGUUAGUCGAGGAUAUUUUAGAUCAUAAAUGUGCUUUAUAUUUCAAACACUUUUUUAUUUGUCAAUGUUUUCUUCACGGACUUUUUACAUUAUUUAUGUUAAUUCUGUAAUAUUUGUAUACACUUUUCUUGAAUAAAGUAUGUAUGUCCA